AGAAAGAAAAAGUCGUGGGGUUGGUUGGGUAAGGGCGGAAGUAGACACGCACAUGGCGUCGGUGGUGAGGGGCGUCCUCCGCACGAUCAAAGAGAAGGGCAUCGGCGGUUUCUUCAAACAUCUCCGCGACGAGGGUUACACGAACUGCCUUUUGGAUGGGAAUCUGCUGUAAGUGCCUUGGUGUGCCAUAUAUGCUUUUCUUUUCUUUCUGUGAUACAUAUUGGUUUACCUUGGAUUUAGGAGCCAACCAAGUCCUAUGUCUUAAAUGUAUUACAUGUUACAAUCAAGGCAAACCAAGAUUCACAACAUUGGUGCAACAGUGGUUGGAGUUGAUAAAUUUGGAAACAAGUAUUAUGAGAAAUUGGAUGUCCAAUAUGGGCGACACAGAUGGGUUGAAUAUGCUGAGAAAGACCGCUAUAAUGCGUCGCAAGUGCCGCCCGAAUGGCAUGGUUGGCUGCACUACAUAACUGACCAUACAGGCGACGAACUUCUGAUGCUGAAACCCAAAAGGUACGGGGUGGAACAUAGAGAGAACUUUUCAGGAGAAGGCGAUGAGUAUAUCUACCAUUCCAAAGGCCACGCUCUUAACCCUGGACAGAGGGAUUGGACCCGAUACCAGCCCUGGCUACCUGUGAAAUCUUAAUUUCCUUUUUUCUUUCUUUCUUUCUUUUUUUUUUUUCUUCCCUGAAGCAUGACUGGGACACGAAUUAUGUUGCAAUGCUACUACUACUUCCGUUUGACCAGCUUUUGUUAUCUAUCUAUCUAUCUAUGCUACUACUA